AGCUACCAACCAUCAUGGACGACACAUUGAAGAAACACUCCAUCGAACACUUCGAGCUUGCCGUGGACCCAGGCUCGGAUACUGCNACCUUUAUCGAUCCCAUUGCUGAGAAGAAGCUGUUGCGAAAAAUUGAUCUGAGGAUUCUACCGCCGUUGACCGUGUUGUUCCUUCUUGCCUUUUUGGAUCGCACCAAUAUUGGAAAUGCAAAGAUUCAGGGUAUGACUAGCGAGUUGAAGAUGGGUGGACAUGAUUACAAUAUUGCAUUGUUCGUGUUCUUCAUACCUUAUAUCUUGUUAGAAGUGCCGAGCAAUAUUGUGCUGAAAAAGAUCUCGCCCUCGCUUUGGUUGAGUUGUAUCAUGGUUCUCUGGGGUAGGUUUAUACCCCUUUUAAUAGUCAGGGUCAGUUGUGCUAAUGUUCGUCCUAUAGGUGUUGCAACUAUUGGGCAAGGUUUGGUCAAGACGUUUGAGGGACUCGUUGCCAUGAGAGUCCUUGUCGGUAUCUUCGAGGCUGGGCUGUUNCCCUGGCUGCGUAUAUCUGAUCAGCAUGUACUACCAACGCUACGAGCUCCAGUGGCGCCUCUCUCUAUUCUUCUCUGCCAGCAUUCUUGCUGGUGGUUUUGGUGGUGNAUCUUUAUCAUCGAAGGCCUCUUGACCGUCGUUGUUGGCAUCGCUUCUAGAUUCUGGGUCUGUGAUUGGCCCGAAACAGCCAAAUUCCUCACCGAAGAAGAACGUCUGCUCUUGAUCUCACGGCUCCAAACCGAUUCUGGGGAAGCGGUGAUGAACAGAUUGGACAAAGCUGCGACUCGCCGUAUCUUUAAGGAUUGGAAAAUCUGGUGCGGUGUAGUCAUGUAUAUGGGCAUAGUAAACACCGGCUACUCAGGCUCUUUCUUCGUACCCACCAUUAUCCGUGAGAUGGGCUACACGUCUGCCUCGGCUCAAAUCCGCUCCAUACCCAUAUUCGUCGUUGCCGCGAUCUGCUCGGUUGCUGCUGCUUGGUUGACCGAUCGUCUUCGCCAUCGCUUCGCAUUCUGCAUCUUCGGUCUCGUGGUAGCGUCCAUCGGGUACAUUAUCCUGCUUUGUCAGACUGGCCUUUCUGUUGGCGUCAAGUACUUUGCACUCUUCCUUAUCGUUCCUGGCGGCUACAUCACUCAACCCAUUGUUUUGGCAUGGGUACAAAACUGUAUGUCUGGCCACUACAAACGCUCCGUCGCCGCCGCCAUGACAGUCGGUGUUGGCAAUCUGGGCGGAAUCGUUGCAUCAAACGUCUUUUUCGUCCAAGAGGCUCCUCUCUAUCGCACAGGAUAUGGUGUCGGGUUGGGCUUCUUGUGGAUCUGUGGGCUAGGCUGUGUGGUGCUUUUUGCUGGUGUUAUCCGGGAGAACAAGAAGAGAGAUAGAGGAGAAAGAGAUGAUAGAUUGGGAUGGCCUGAUGUUGAUAACCUUGGUGACGAUCAUCCUAGUUUUAGAUUCACUACU